GAUAGCCAUAGAGCAGGACACGCUGAACUGACCGUCACAUGAAAAGCAAAUUUUGAUUUUCCUUAUUUACAUUCAGGGCAAAAUGAAGCACGGCCGUAACACGGAGCUUCCGGAGGAUUUCUGGAUCCCCAUCCCUCUGGAUACGGACAACAUCACGUCUCUCAGUCCCUUCCUGAUCCCCCAGGACCACCUAGCAGGCACAGGCGUCUUCUAUGGAAUGGCCAUGUACAUGUUUUUUAUAUUCAUAGUGGGCACGUUCAUCAAUGCGCUUACAGUUGCGUGCACCAUCCAAAACAAGAAGCUCCGGUCCCACCUCAACUACAUCCUGGUGAACUUGGCCGUGUCGAACCUUCUUGUGUCCUGUGUGGGCUCCUUCACUGCCUGCUGCUCCUUUUCAAUGAGAUAUUUUAUCUUUGGACCGCUAGCAUGCAAGAUUGAAGGUUUUAUGGCGACACUUGGCGGCAUGGUAAGCCUGUGGUCUCUCGCUGUGAUAGCUUUUGAAAGAUGGCUGGUCAUCUGCAAGCCACUUGGUAACUUCAUUUUCAAGCCCGACCAUGCUUUAGCUUGUUGUGCAUUCACUUGGGUGUUUGCACUGAUCGCCUCAGUUCCUCCACUGGUCGGAUGGAGUAGGUACAUCCCAGAAGGCCUGCAGUGCUCCUGUGGUCCAGACUGGUACACCACAAACAACAAAUACAACAAUGAAUCCUACGUGAUGUUUCUCUUCUGCUUCUGCUUUGCGGUUCCCUUCGCCACCAUCGUCUUCUGCUACACCCAGCUCCUCAUCACAAUGAAAAUGGCAGCGAAGGCCCAAGCUGAGUCUGCCUCCACCCAGAAGGCGGAGCGGGAGGUGACCAGGAUGGUGAUCUUCAUGGUGAUGGGCUUCCUGGUGUGCUGGAUGCCCUAUGCCAGCUUUUCUCUUUGGAUCGUCAACAACCGCGGGCAGACUUUUGACCUGAGGCUCGCUUCUGUACCGUCAAUCUUUUCCAAGUCCUCUGCCGUCUACAACCCGGUCAUCUACGUUCUCCUCAACAAACAGUUCCGUUCAUGCAUGAUGAAGAUGCUGGGGAUGGGCGGAGGUGAAGAUGAAGAGUCGUCUUCUUCGUCAGUGACUGAAGUCUCCAAAGUUGGGCCUGCUUAGACCGAACAGACUGUCGACCUCUCUGCCACUAAUGGUUGUGAAUUGUAAAUAACAGUAAAUGUACGCGUGUUUUGUCAUAUGAAAAAAAUAUACUGUAUGUGGAGUGCUGCAAUUAAAUAAUAAAGAAAUUAUAAAUAAUCUGCAAAGUGAAAAAAUAAAAAAAAAAAUACAAAUAUAUGCUGUAUAUGGUGUCUGUUUGUUGUUGAGACUGGAAAACAACUCAGUGACUGGUUUGGACUGUAUAUAUACGGCUUCCUUAUAUGUGUUGUGUUGUAGAGCACAUAUUCACUGCAACAUAUGUGUUGUGAAAAUAACUUGUUUACUGAAAAAUUCCAAAAUGCAAUGUGAUGACAGUUAUUUUUAUUAUUUUUGCCCAGAAAACCUCCAAAGGGAGGCAUCCUGACUGA